AUGGCUGUGGCCACUACCAAUGGGGAUCUGCCCGGCCGGUGGGACGAAUCAAGACAGCUCGGCCAGCUGUUUAUGAUGGGCUUUGAUGGCACCUCCGUCACUGAUCAGGUCAAGAUCUUGAUCGAGAAGUAUCACGUAGGCUCCAUACUGCUCAAGGCCCAAAACCUCAAAUCUGCUGAACAGGCGACCCAGCUCGUGCUUGAUCUUCAGACUGUUGCGCGUCAGGCGGGUCAUCCGGUGCCUCUCUUGAUUGCUCUCGAUCAGGAGAAUGGUGGCGUCAACAGCUUGUACGAUGAGGUCUAUAUUCGUCAGUUCCCCAGUGCCAUGGGCUUGGCUGCCACCGGCUCAAAGAAACUGGCAAAGGAUAUUGCCCGAGCGACAGCUCAAGAGCUGAAUUCGUGUGGUAUCAAUUGGAUCCUGGGUCCAGUGCUCGAUGUCCUGACCAACGCCAGAAAUCAGCCUCUCGGUGUUCGAUCUGUAGGCGAUGACCCUCAUGAAGUCUCGGCGUAUGGCGUGGAAUGCAUCAAAGGUUACCAAGAAGGUGGGGUUGCGACCUGCGGCAAACAUUUCCCUUCUUAUGGCAAUCUCGAAUUCUUUGGCGUCCCAGAUGACGUGCCCACCAUUACAGACUCGCUGGAGAACCUGAGCCAGAGUGCUUUAGUCCCCUUCCGUGCCGCGAUUGCCCAGGGCGUCGAUUCCAUGAUGGUCGGCGGCGUCGCAAUGGCAUCUUCUCAAGUCAAUGUCAUGCACGCCUGUCUUUCGGAGCAGAUCGUUCGAGAUCUGCUGCGGCACGAAAUGCGCUUCGAGGGCGUCGUCGUGUCAGAGUGUCUGGAAAUGGAGGCUCUGAGCCGCAAUAUCGGCAUCAGUGGUGGCACAGUCAUGGCAUUCAAGGCCGGCUGUGACCUGAUCCUGACUUGCCGCACUCUGUCCGUCCAAGAAGACGCCAUCAACGGUCUCACGGCUGGGUUGGAUAAUGGCAUGAUUGAAAGGUACCGAGUGCAAGAGUCGGUGCAGAGAAUCCUCAACAUGAAGAGAAAAUAUACGUCCUGGGAAAAGGCGUUUGCGCCGGCGGGAAUCGAGAAUCUCGCUCGAUUACAGCCUCUUCACACAAGCCUCUCAACUACGGCUUAUAACAAAUCAAUUAGCGUGGUUCGAGACCAGAAACAUUUUUUGCCGUUGUCGAGAGUCAUUAAACCCGACGAAGAGCUUCUCCUUUUGACACCCUUGGUCAAACCAUUACCCGCGUCCGCUCUAUUUCAUCUCUUGCAAAACGAAGCGUCGACAGUCCCUCAUCUAGGGCGAAGCCCCAGCAUCGAUACGAAUACGUCGAUCAUGAGUGGAGAGCAAGUCUUCCGAGAGCUUGGUCGGACGCUCGCCCGGUAUCGCAACGGCAAAAUAUCUCACACUUCAUAUACUGCAAAUGGAGUGAGACCUCUCCAUGAGAAUCUUUUGAACCGAGCUCGGGGAGUCGUGGUUGUCACGGCUGAUGCGGGUCGAAAUAUGUAUCAAAAUGCAUUCGCAAAACACAUCUCUAUGUUGUGCAGGUUGGCGGUCGGGGUGGAUGGCAGUCCACGAGAAAAGCCCUGUGUUGUGGUCGCCGUCAGCUCGCCCUUCGACUUCGCGUCCGAUACAUCAAUUGGAACGUACGUCUGUACCUAUGAUUUCACCGAGACUGCCCUGCAGGCGUUGGUCCAAGUUCUUUAUGGUGAGCUUACCCCGUCGGGAGUGUUGCCGGGCUCAUUUAGCCAGAAGCCGCAGACUAGCCACACCAGACAGCAGUGGCUUGUGGAAAGCUUCAGUGAAGAUCGAGACUCGGCAGCAUUAGACGCGCUCCUGAUUCAAUCACAGAAUGAGCCCUCAGUACACGCCGCUGCGUUGAAAAACGUCGUGACCGGUACUUUUCUCCUCCGUGAUCCGGACGUGGAGGAGGCGCAUUUUGUGGUCAGGAACAGCAGCACCAAAGAGUUGUUUGGAUUUUGCACCACAUAUUAUUUCAAAAACAGCGGCGUCGGGCAUAUCGGCGCCAUCAUUGUGGACCCUGCGCGCCGCCGGUUAUCUAUCGGGCACUCUCUGCAUGACCGUGCCGUGCGGGCAUUGCUUCAGAAAAAGGGCAUCGCCAAAUUCCAGCUUGGUGUCAGGCUUCCGCAUGUAUAUCUGGGGAUCCCCAAACUGGAUCCAGUGGAAUACAAACGUCUGCGCCAAUGGUUUGCCAAACUCGGGUGGAACGUGUCGCUGUCGACACCUGUGGCAACCAUGAUGAUUCGCGAUCUCUCAGUCUGGACAGCUCCUGAUGGACUGGCCCAGGCCUUGACAAAUCCUGAGGUCAAAUAUGAUCUGGUUCACGGAGCUGAGUACACCGAAGUGAUGAUGGAACAUCUCACAAGAUGUGCACGAACGGAUGUCCGAGGUGUUUAUCAAAUGGCCCUGGGCAACAAAGAAGGCUGCGGUAUCAUUCGAGCUAAAAGGGCUUCUGACCAGUCGAUUCUCGGAAGCAUUUUGAUGUGCCGAGCCGAGUCGAAGAUCGCCCGCUAUAUUCCGCUGCUGUACAGACAAGUUGGAACGGCGUGCUUGUCGUCCCCGGUUAUUUCGACCUUGUACAGCGAUCGUGUCUCACUGUUCCAAGGCCUGGUCCUCCUGGGAAUACGCCAAGUCAAAAAGCAAGGCUUGCGGACUCUACUCCUAGAUUAUACUCGCGAAGACGUUUCCAUGAACGGCCUAAAGGCUUUGGGCUUUACCAUCAGCAACAGUUUCGAAGAGAUCUCGAGCGAUCCGGUUCAUUGGACAAUGAUGUCCGCAACAUGA